UCAGGGAAAGGAAACUCUUGGUUCUCACCAUGUUUGAUGGAGCUAUUACCUAGCAAAAUCUCUCUUGCCCCCUCCCUUUGAGAAUCCUCCUACUUUUCUCCCACAGAGGUCUUCAGAAGGCAUCGUCUGGAGGGGAGAGGGGGUUUUUCUGGCACCUUUCAAGGGUAAACUUUGUCAGAAAUACCCCAAAUGGCUUCUGCCCCUGAAGGUUCUCCAAAUUCAACAUCUAUUGCAUCACCACCACCACGGCCGCAGCCGAUAAUUAACUCGCCUCCACCACCCGUGCAAGAGUCAAAGUCAUCUCCACCACCGCCCUCGUCAUCAUCAUCACCACCAUCGCCACCAUCACCACCACCAUCACCACCACCACCACCACCAGCUAAUAAUGAAAAUAAUGGCAGCAAUCAAAAUAAUGCUGCCACAGCUAUUCAGACUCCAGCAUCGCCGCCUCCAACACCAAAGUCAACUGCCGGAAAUGGCUCAUCAACUCUUGCUUCCCCGCCAAGAAUAUUGUCACCUCCACCUCCAAAAUCAUCAAAUUCAUCAGCUAGUAAUACGUCAUCGUCACCGUCUUUGCCAAUUAUAAUAGGUGUUUCAGUUGGCGUUGGUUUGUUGCUUAUUCUCGUUGUAGCGCUCAUCAUUGCAGUAUGCAACAGAAAGAAAAAGAAGUCAAAGUUCGAUAAUCAUAUUCAAUACUACAAAAAUUCAAUGCCACCAAAAGGUGGCGUCGGAUAUGGAAAUGUCUUGAGUCCAAGAAGACCAAAUAACAUGAGCAAUGGGUACCAAGCUAAUGAUCGUCACCUUGCCAUCAAUUUACCACCGCCGCCCGGUGGAAAUGCAGGUCGUGGAGGGUGGCCACAAGAACCACGAGGGCAAAUACCGCCUUUGACAAGUGAAAUGAGCUCAAGGUACUCGGGUCAACAUGGUCCGCCUUUGCCAUCUGCAUAUUCACCUGUGGCUUUAGGGCUCAAACAAAGCACUUUCACCUAUGAAGAUCUAGCGGUUGCAACUCAAGGGUUCUCUGAAGCUAACUUGUUGGGUCAAGGUGGGUUUGGGUUCGUCCACAAAGGAGUUUUGCCCAGUGGCAAAGAAGUAGCUGUUAAAAGUCUCAAAUCUGGUAGCGGGCAGGGUGAACGUGAAUUUCAGGCUGAAGUUGAGAUUAUUAGCCGCGUCCAUCAUCGCCACCUUGUAUCUCUUGUUGGGUAUUCCAUUGCAGGAGAUAAAAAGAUGUUGGUCUACGAAUUCCUGCCUAAUAAAACUCUCGAAUUCCACCUCCAUGAGAAAGAUCUCCCGACCAUGGACUGGCCUACUAGGCUCAAAAUUGCACUGGGAGCAGCUAAAGGUCUUGCAUACUUGCAUGAAGAUUGCCACCCUGGCAUUAUUCACAGAGACAUCAAAUCUGCCAACAUCCUACUUGAUUUCAGUUUUGAAGCCAAGGUGGCAGAUUUCGGGUUGGCUAAACUUUCUCAAGAUAACAAUACUCAUGUCUCAACUCGUGUCAUGGGAACAUUCGGUUACUUGGCUCCUGAAUACGCAUCAAGUGGCAAGCUGACAGAUAAAUCUGAUGUUUUCUCCUUUGGUGUUGUGCUCCUGGAAUUGAUAACUGGACGUCGGCCUCUGGACCUGACCGGGGAGAUGGAUGAGAGCUUAGUCGACUGGGCUAGACCCUUAUGCGCUAGUGCAAUGGAGGAUGGAAACUUCAGUCAAUUGGUGGAUCCACGCCUGGAGAACAAUUUUGUCCAGCAUGAGAUGGUACGCAUGGUUGCAUGCGCCGGUGCAUGUGUUAGGCAUUCAGCUAGAAGGCGACCCAAAAUGCGACAGAUUGUGCGGGCACUGGAAGAUGAUGUUUCAAUGGAUGACUUAAAUGACGCUAUGAGACCUGGCCAAAGUUCAAGGUUCAGCUCAAUGGCAAGCUAUGACUAUGAUACUGAUGCCCAUGGUAUAGACAUGAAGAAGAUUAGGAAAAUGGCCUUGGACUGCCAAGACUACGGAAGCAGCGACUAUGGUAACACGAGUGAAUACGGGCUCAAUCCUUCUUCCUCUAGCAGCGACUCAAGCGGGAAUAUAAGCCGGAGGCAACGUUUGUAAAACUUGAAAUUAUCAAAGACAUAAUCCCUUAUUGCAAUGCCCUUAGUUUAGGUCCGGUAAACUUCCAAACAGGCAUUUGAUUGAAAAAAACAAAGGGAUUUUGGCCAAGAUGCACACUUACAAACUCAUAAAUAUAUUUUUUGUUGUUAUAGCCAUUCAUGAUGGUUGAAUGUAGUUAUGAAGUUUGGAAUUUGAAGUUCAUGUAUAUGUCUUUGUAUUAUAUCUUAUGAUAUCUUGGAGGUUAACUUUAAACAGCAUUUUAUGUA